AUGUACUCCCCUUACGAUGCUGUGUACGGGCAUGACACGACGUACAUCCGCCGGAUGAUAGUAGAGGAGUACGUGCAAGAGCUGAAAGAGGAGGAGGCUGAUGUCCGCGGAGUAACGCCGGCACUGUGUGCUGCGGGGCUGGCAAGCGAGAAAACCGCAUCAGCCACCCCCACAUCGUCGACUCCAGCGCGUCGAACCACUCGUCAGUACGAACAGCGCCGCAUGGCGCUCUCCUCCUGCAACCCUAAUGUCGCCUUCUUCUCCAAGUAUCCGAUGUACGACCGACUGGGACGGGAGCUGUGCGUCGCCUUCCAGAUGCAGGAUAUGGCCGUUCAGCAAGAGCUACGACGCCUGGAGAAAGAAAACGGCCGCGACUCGCGCCGCUCAGGUGUGCGGUUAAGUGCUGAGCUGCCAAUGGAGUCAGACACGACCGGCGGCAGCCGUCCAAUGUCCGUGCGCGCUUCAGCGGCCACAGCAGAGGGGCACGAGCUCACACAGACGGAGGAGGUGUCGCGCGUGGUGCGGCCCAGCCACAUAGACGGCGACACCCUCGUCGGCAUCGACGUCUCUGCCACCUCGCAUUACCCGUCCGUGUCUGCAAUUUGCACCUCCUCUUGCCCCGCUUCGGCGCGGCCAUCCGAGUUUUCUAUCUUUCGCGACAGCUGCGGGACCGCUGCGGCAGGAAUGAACCGUGGCGGUCUUAUCAAGACGCACAGCUGCCUCCCGGUGCGGUCCGUAGCGGAGGAAGAAGGUAUCCUCAUACACCGCAGCGACGGCGGAGGCGGUUCUCAUCGAGCCGCGUCAAUGCCGCCGGCCGCACUGCCGCGGCUUCCGGAUGAUGCGGACGGUCGCCGCUCGCAGUGGCCGUGGAGGUCAGAGAAACGCCACCGCAGUCGCAGCAGCGGUGGCGGGGGUCGCCACAGUCGCGUCCGCUUCAUUAACGACGAUCAAAGCGCCGACGACAUGCAGCGAGAGGAACAGCCACCUCAGAAACGCGUACAUGGCGCCCUGCCGCUCCCGCCGCGCCUGUUCACGCCACCACCAGUGCCGCUGUCAGAGGGGGACAACGCUAGGGUGGAGGAGACGGCGGUCGAGGAUGCGACGCGGUGGACGGCAACGUCACGCGCGUCCGCAGCGGUGCGAGCCACCAAGCAGCUCUUUCGCAGCACAACACACACCAACACCUCGACCGCGUCGCACGCCACCGCCACCCCCUCGUAUCGACAGCCCAUUGCGAGCAGCGCGUAUGGGCUUUCAGCCACGGCCAUCGCCGCGAGCAAGGUGGGGGCUGCGGUGGAGCACAAUGUGCAGGUGUGGGCCGCGGCCAUGCCGCCUCAGCUCUACUCAGAGGAGGAAGCGACAGAUGUAGAGACGACGCCGGAGUUGCAGUGUGGGUCGGUCGUUCGACUCGGCAGCGCGUGGUAUCGGCUCGUGCACUUCCACCUCGUGGCCGAGGUGUACGUGGCGGUGCGAAUCAGUGCCCCCGCCAAAACGGCAGGGAGCCCCAUUGAAACAGAUCGGUCACCCGGGACCGGGAUCUCAGUCACCGUCAAGGAGACAAGAGCGACAGAUUCACACGCAGCGCCAGACCAACGGCCCAUUGGUAAGGAGUUGAUGGUGGAAGCUGUGACGGAUACAGAACCGCAACAAGACUGCAGUGUCGGUGCGGCUGCGCCAGAGUUGCCGAUGCAGCCAAGCGUUGGUGACGGAGAGGACCGCAUUGUGGUGGCAUCGACAGCUGCGCCGACGGGCCCUAUCGCCGAAGCGGAACGGAACUACGUGCCGUGCAGGAAUGAUGCAGAGUCCUGCCCCUUGCCAAUAUCGGCAGAUAAUGCAUGCCUAGGAGAGGUGUCGUCGCAAGAGUAUUUUGUGUACCGGUGGCGAAUGACGAUGCUUCCGCGGGGUGGCGACGAGGCCCGUCGGGCAGCACUCGGCCUUUCCUUGUGUGCUCCCCAGGUGCACGUGCACGGCAUCCGCUACGCUGAUGGGGGCGGUAUCACAGUGCUCUCGAUGCCGCUCGGCUACCGCGCGGUCCCUAUGAGUGGGCUGCCCUUGUCACUCGGAAGCUACACCACCCUCAUGCGUGUCGUGCUGAAGGCCUUCUCGACAAUGGUGGCGCGCCGCACCGUGCACGGGAACCUGUCAGCUCUCGGGGAACUGUUUCUCGCCUGGCCAAUGGUGUCUGAGCAAUCGUCUUCGCUGCCGAGGGUGGAGGAGAAGCAGCGGGCCGAGGAGGCCAACGGCCACGUUGGUGCUCAAGACGCCACACGUCAGCCGUUCAUGGUGCUCUUUCACUGGGAGCGCUGGGUGGACUUCAGCAUGUUUGUGGACCGCAACGCUGGUCGCACGAUCCCAUUUGACUUUGAGGACGACACGGCGCCGUCCGUGACCACCUAUGGAAAAGACUUGCUGGGGAGUCUGCAGCUUUUUCUGGAACACCCUCUCGCUGCGGAGCUCACAUCGGAGCAGUACAUACUACUACAGAAGCUCAUCGUGAUUGCCACAGAGCCCACACAAGUGGCAAACUACCUCAUCCAGAUGAAGAACCUGAUGCUGUCCCUUCCGACGGACACAGAGGCGCUGCAUCAGAGCUUUGAUGCGGCCGUUAUGCGCCAUGCUCGUUGA